AUGCUUGCAAGCCCACUUCAGCUGCUCGUAAGUAACUUGACUCCUGAAUUAGGAAAGUCGUUAAGACGAGGACACAAAUUACCUGCACAAAAUUUUACGUAUGGAAUUACACUACCAAGACGAGAUGGAGGCGUUGCCGAAUCUAUGUAUCAUUGGUCAUCAUUAGACAAAACGGGAUCCGCCAGUAAUCCUGAUUUUGAAUAUGUAAGAGAUUAUUCCGCAUUAAAUAAAGCAGCUCUUGAAGCAGGCAUGAUAUCAGCAAAAGAUCAAUCAAGAUUUCGAACUGUACAUGAUAUUAAAAAAAAAGUUUUCAUACGAGAUAUAUCACAUAAAAAGAAACCAAUGCGUUUUUCCGAUGAUAUGGUUUUUGGUACACCAUGCAGACCAUCGACGCCAAUCAGCGAAGUAUUAGAACAUAAAUUUCUAGACAAAUGGGUUGAAAGUAUGCGUGAAAAAGAAUUAAAUUCCAAAAAACAACGAGAAGAUGCUGCUAAUGCAUUCAAAGGAAGCUAUCACACAAAAGCAAGUUUAUUACGACAAGCUAAAAUACCAGUAGAACCCAAGCAACUUUGGCAAUUACCCAAAUUUGCUAAAGGUGAAGCUCAAAUUGAUUCGUUUCGUACUGAUGAUGAAAGAAGAAAAGCAUAUAGUGCAACGACAUAUGACUCUCUAGCUCGACAAGGAACAUUUCAUACUGGAAUUUAUAAUGUUCCACGAACAACAGUCAAAACAUGA